GGCCUUUCGUGAUGCAGAGAACGGGUCCUUUGAGAACCUAAAAAAAACACUAUAAAAGCUUAAAAUGGUAAUAAACUCUUUUCUUUUCGUUAAAGUUAUCAUCAAUGAGAGUAAAUAACAAAAAUCAAAUAGACGAAGAGCUUCCAAGUGAUAAUCCACCUCCAUAUACACCACACCCUAAUCAGUCAUCCUCUUCAUCAGCACCUCUUCCACCCUCAUCUUCCUCUCCCCCAGACUAUGAUAAUGCUAUGCAUGGAAAAAGAAAGCAGCCACUUCAUCAGAGAAGAAGCUUUCAAGGUCCACUAGGCAGCGUAUUUGAGAUAGUCAACAACGUAGCACCAGCCAGUAGAACAACCAUUAGUACGUUAUCAGCUACAGCUGCAGAAGCAACAAAGAUGGCUUUGAAUAUGGUGGAUGAUAUUAUGAGCGAAACUUUUGAUAGCAAAGAAGAAAGAGUACGAAGACGAGCCACACGCAAAGAGCAAAGAAGAGAAGAGCGUGAAAGAAUGGCCCAGCAAUUCGAGCAUCUUGCCUCUGCAUUUUCAGGCUUUAAACCUCGACCUUACUCACAGUGUGGCUCUAGCUCAACAUCACCUAACCUUGGGUACCAUCCUUGGCAGCCUACACCUGUUCUUGGCGGCUGUAGUAAAAGUAAAAGUAGCAGUAGCUGUGGCAGUCGUAGUGGUAACAGCAAUAAUAUCCGAAAAUUAGAAAUGAAACACUCGCAUGGUCCGCUGACUCAUGAUGGCAAUUGGUCAGGCGAUGAAUGUAGGCUAAAAACUUCUGAUGGAAUCCUGACAGUAAAUGGAUCACUCGAAGCUAAAGACACCGUUUCACUCGAAACAAAUAAUGGAUCAAUUAUUGUUAAUGGCUCUAUUACCUCUAGGAAAUAUAUAGAUAUUAAAUCUACUAAUAGCACAUUAUAUAUUCAACGCCAAUUGACAGCCCGCGAUCUUCAAAUUAAUAUGCAAAAUAGUCCUAUCGACAUCAGUGUCCUUAUUCAAGCAGACAGGAUAGAUAUUAGAACCAAGAACGCACCAAUAACACUCACACAGAUCUUAGUGUCAAAGGAGUUGGUAGUAAAGACAACAAAUGCGCCCAUCGUGAUGCAUGUGGUUGCUAUUCACAAAGAUGCAGAAAUUCGUGUUGAAAGUACAAAUGCUCCUGUAACUGUAUACUUGCCAAAGACGUUUUCUGGUCGAUUUUAUAUAGCCUCUAGUUCCAAUUCUUCUGCCAAUAUUACCCCAAUAAGCGGGAGCUCUCGUCUAAUUUUGGAAAAGGAUGAACGUUCCAAGAAGGAUGGUAAAUGUCUGCAUAUGGACGACAAACCAAACAAAACACUUAAUGUUAGAACAACAAAUGGGCCAGUAGUGGUGUAUAUCUAAAUUACUAUUAUUUUAAGCUGUAAAUAAACUUUGCAUUUAUUCCCACUCUUCAAUGCAUACAAG